AUGUCUUCUCAAACUCGAACCCGUGACUUUAUUGGCUAUGGCCCGAGCCCUCCUAAGUUUACUUGGCCUGGCGGCAAACGAGUCGCUAUCAACUUUGCGAUCAACUAUGAAGAAGGAACAGAACGAAGUCCUCUUGCAGGUGAUAAGGAGCGCGAUUCUCGCACGUGGGUCCGAAGUACGCUUCCACCCAGCGAGCGUGAUCUGAUGCAAGAAGCCGAGUACGAGUAUGGCACACGAGUUGGUAUUUGGAGACUACUACGCAUUUUCAAGGAGCACAAUGUCCCCUACAGCGUCUUUGUCUCAUCUGAAGCGCUUGUCGUCAAUCCGACUUUUGCUGAAGCAUUGAGAAUCGAGGACUGCGAUAUGGUUUCUCAUGGAACGCGCUCUAUCAGUCGGAUAGAUCUUACCGAGGAGAAGGAGAGGGCAGACCUCCGCCGGGCGGUGGACCAGACCCUAGAACUGACGGGCAAAAGAAUACUUGGUGCUUUCCCCAGACCGCCUAUCACGGAUGAUAGUCGCCGUGUCAUGGCUGAGGAAGGCCUACUGUACGAUUCAGCAACAACCAAUGAUGAUCGUCCGUAUUUUGCAGACGUCUCAGGCCGACCAAUGUUGGUUCUUCCUUAUGCGAUAGAUACCAAUGAUGCUCGAUUCUGGGGUGGACAAUCUGGUCCAGGCUUUAUAGGAUCCACGGAUUUCUUCGACUACCUCAAAGAUGCAUUCGAAGUGUUGUACAGUGAGUCGGGCGAGAGCGCGACUAUGAUGUCAAUUGGUCUGCACGCACGUAUCAUGAGGCCGUGGCGUGUUGCCUCAAUCAUUCGGUUUAUCAAUUAUGUGCAAGGAUUCGAGGGUACUUGGAUUGCUAAGAGAAGUGAUAUCGCCUCGCAUUUCGCAAGGAAAUUUGCUCCCGAUAAUACUUAA